AUGCCAGCUGGCCUUCAUCACUUUGCUGAAAGCCUUGACAUGUCGUCACUCCACAUUACCAUCGGCGUUCGCAGAGAAAGUUGGACCGCUUCUGCGCUCUUGGCUGCAUGGAUCGAAGUCGAUCCAUGCGUAUCGCUAGCCGAUGGCAAACUGACAAAUGAUACAAUGCACAAGAUGAAGUUGCUGCAUCAGCGUGUUUCUAAACACUUUCUUCCAUGGGAUGCAUGCAACCAAAUGCUUGCAACAUCUCUGUCUGUUCCGUUACUCCGAGCCCUGGAUGAAUCAGACUUACCACAGGGGCUAGCAGAGGGAAUGACAGUGACAUUGGCUCAAUUCGCCUUGGAGCUUGCUCCCAAACUGCGCGAAAGUGGCGAUGAAGAAGACAUGGGCAUUGCAGCCAAACUGGACGCCUUGAGCCGCAAGCCGGAUCCACGGGCACUCUUGCAUGUUGUGUUUGCUGUUCGCGAAUUCCGAUGGAAGCAGCAUUACGAGUUCAACAGCGCUAAGAAGUUGCAGUUUCAAGGCACCUUGCCUGAAUUGCGGGGCAGCUCUCGCUUAAAACGCUGUGCAGAUGCCAGCGCUCAGUUGUCCACUACGGGCUUGCUGCUUAAUGGUUAUCGCAUUCUGGAUAUAUCCGAGCCCGCGCUGCCCAUUUUUCGAUAUUGUCUGGGCAUGCACACGGGUGCUGCUGGCGAAGUGUUUCGUGUCUCUGAGAUUCCAGGCCCGCGAGAGUUAGUCACUGCCGUCGUCAGAAUUCUACUGAGGUUU